AUGUCUUCCCAUACGGAAGGUGAAAAGGCCGACGAGGCGGCCGAGCGGCAGCGGCAGGUGUUUGUGUCGGCGCUGCCGGAGACGGGAGAGUCUGCGGGCGUGGCACGAAUCGAAGCACUGUCGUCGGUGAUGACGCAGACCGACCGGGUGUUCAUCUUCCUGGGCGUCUUCCUGGUCGCCUACGCCUACGGGCUGGACGGCACGGUGCGCUACACGUACCAGACCUACGCGACGGCCUCGUACGCGAGCCACUCGCUGCUCUCGACGAUCAACGUGCUGCGGGCGGUCAUUGCAGCGGCUGCCCAGCCGACGGCCGGCAAGAUCGCCGACGUCUUUGGCCGCGUCGAGCUGAUCUGCCUGUCUGUCUUCUUUUACGUCCUGGGCACGAUCGUCGAGGCAGUGGCCCACAACGUGCAGACGUUUGCCGGCGGCGCCGUGCUCUACCAGGUCGGCUACACCAUGAUCAUCCUCCUGCUUCAGGUCGUCAUCGCCGACAUCACGUCGACCCGCGCCCGUCUGCUCUUCAGCUACGUUCCGGCCCUACCCUUCAUCAUCAACACCUGGGUCAGCGGCGACAUCACGGCCGCCGUGCUCGGCGUCACCACCUGGCAGUGGGGCAUCGGCAUGUGGUGCAUCAUCUAUCCCGUCUGCGCGCUGCCGCUGAUCGCUAGCCUCCUCGUCGUCGGCCGUCGGGCCAAGAAGGCCGGCCGUCUCGGCGUCGACGGCUCCACGCCUACCGGCCGCAGCAGGCUCUCGGUGGAUCUCUUCUGGCAGCUCGACGUCAUCGGCAUCAUCCUCCUCAUCGCCGUCUUCGCCCUCAUCCUCACGCCACUGACCAUUGCCGGCGGCGUGUCGUCCAAGUGGAAGACCGCUCACGUGAUCGCACCGCUCGUCGUCGGCAUCCUUUGUGUGCCCGUCUUUGUCGCCUGGGAGCUCAAGGCCCGCCAACCUCUCGUCCCAUUCGCCCUCGUCAAGGAUCGCGCCGUCUGGAGUGCUCUGGCCAUUGCCUUCCUCCUCGACUUCGCCUGGUACCUGCAGGGUGACUUUCUCUACACUAUGCUCGUGGUGGCCUUUGACUUUAGCAUCACGGGCGCCACUCGCGUCACGUCGCUCUACUCUUUUUGCAGUGUCAUCACCGGCUUCCUCCUCGGCCUCGUUGUCUUCAAGGUCCGCCACCUCAAGGUAUUCAUCAUUGUCGGCACCGCCCUCUUCAUGGUCGCCUUUGGCCUGCUAAUCCACUAUCGUGGUUCGCCCUCUUCGGCUGGUCGUUCUGGCGUCAUCGGAGCCGAAGUUCUACUCGGCAUUGCUGGCGGCAUGUUUCCCUACCCAGCGCAGGCAUCAAUCCAGGCUGCCGUCAGGCACGAGCAUGUGGCCGUCAUCACCGGCCUCUACCUCGCCACCUAUAACAUCGGCUCCGCAUUUGGAAACACCGUCUCGGGUGCCAUCUGGACCCAGGUGCUGCCCGGAGAGCUGGAGAAGCGGCUUGCCUCGAUCAAUGCCACCCUGGCCGCCACAACGUACGGCGACCCAUUUACGAGUGCUGCUAUGUAUCCCCUCGGCACACCUGAGCGGACGGCCAUCAUCGGUGCCUACCAGCACACACAGCGGCUCCUCUGCAUCACCGGCAUCUGCCUCUGCGUGCCGCUCAUCGGAUUUGCCUUUGCCCUGAGGGAUCCCAAGCUCAACGACGAGCAGAACGUGGCGGGGGAGGCUAAGGAAUGA